GCCAAUCAGAAAAAAGCCCCCCCCUUCGCGGGCGCGUCCCGCCGGGGCUCCGCACUUCGGGUUCCUGUUGCGCGCGGGGCAGCGGCACGUGGCGGGGAGCGGCAGCAGCGGGCGGCCCGCAGGAGCCACAUGUCAUGGCUGACGAGGAGCAGGGCGCCCGAGCUGCCAGAAAGGGAAGUUUGUCACCCAGCAGCUCCCGGGGCAGCACGACGGAGUCAAGCACCCUGCUGCAGGAGCUGAAGAGCACCAUCUCCAAAGCCGUGCAGAACAAAGUGGACUCCAUCCUGCAAGAUGUCCAGAAGUUCUCAGACAAUGACAAGCUCUAUCUCUACCUCCAGCUGCCGACGGGACCGAGCCUGGGGGAGAAGAGCAGCAGCCUGGACCUGAGCUCGCUGAGCACGGCUGAGUACACGCACGCCUGCAACUGGAUCCGGAAUCACCUGGAGGAGCACACGGACACCUGCCUGCCCAAGCAGGACGUCUACGAUGCCUACAAGCGGUACUGCGAGAACCUCUGCUGCCGCCCGCUGAGCGCCGCCAACUUCGGCAAGAUCAUCCGGGAGAUCUUCCCAAACAUCAAGGCCCGGCGGCUGGGGGGCCGGGGGCAGUCCAAGUACUGCUACAGCGGGGUCCGGAGGAAGACGGUGGUCAGCCUGCCACCCCUGCCCAGCCUGGACCUCAAAGUGACAGAGACCCAGUCGGAGCUGACGGAUCUGGUGCAGUCCUACAACAUCGAGGUGAUGGAGGCGGCCUGCGCCCUGACCUGCGACUGGGCCGAGAAGAUCCUCAAGCGCUCCUUCAACAACAUCGUGGAGGUGGCGCAGUUCCUCAUCCAGCAGCACAUCAUCAGCUCCCGCUCGGCCCACGCCGACCUGGUCAUGGCCAUGGUGGUCUCAGAGAGCACGGAGAAGAUCCCCCGUGAGAGCCGGGCCCCAUCGGCAGCCAGGAAGAGCAGCGCGGACACCUCCGAGAGCGGUGACAGGAGCCAGGGGCAGGUCAAGAAGGAGAGCGGCCCCAAGGCUCCCGCUGCGCCCCGGCCGGACAAGAAGAAGCCCCCGGAGCCCCCCAAGGCGGCCCCCAGCCCCCAGGUGAACGCCUUGGUCGCCCGCCUGCCCCUGCUCCUGCCCCGCAUCCCCUCGGGGGAGCGCCCCACGGCGCCGGGGGCCGCCGCCGCCCGCUCCUCCCCUCCCGUCCUGGCGCCCAAGCUGACGGCGGCCCCGCUGGGGGGGGGCACGGUGAAGGUGGCGCUGCCGCUGCCGGUGAGCGCGGCCUCCCCGGCGCUGCCGCUGGGGCUGCGGAGCCCGCAGGCGGCGGUGCCGGUGCUCAACGUCCUCCUGCCCGGCGUCAGCGUCCCCGCGGCGGAGAGCCCCGCCAAGCCGCGGAGCGCGGGGCCCGGCCCUCGGGACUCGCCGCACCCCAAGGCCGCCAAGAGGCUCCCGGAGCCCCCCGGCGACCCCGUCCCGCAGAAGCGGCGCCCCGGGCGGCCGCGGAAGAGGCCGGAGGACCGGGGGGAGGCGGCGGCGGCGGAGCCCCGAGGAGGCGCGGACCGAGGGGCCGGGGCUUCCACGCCCGCCCAAGCCGGCAGAACCGGGGCUGCCGACGGCCCAGAGCGGGCACCGGAGGCGCAGCGGAGCCCGGGCGAUGCCGGGGGGGAGCCCGCGGCGGGGACCCCUCCCGAGGCCGCCCCGUCCCCGCUCUCGGGCUCCCCGGGGCUGUGCGCGCACCCCGGCUCUUAG